UUAAGCUUUCGCGAAAAGUAGUUUUAUCAUGUCUUAACGUAUGUACAGACAAUUAAAGUGCUUAUACGCUUAACCAGAUGCAGUAAAAUAUUUCAUACUUACUGGAUUUCGAAAACAUAUAAUAUAAAAUUUAUAUUACGAGUAAAAUACAUAGGCUUCUGUUAGAAAUUUCAUUUAUGUCAUAUAGUAUUAUACAUGGAAUCUCUCCCGCGCAUUAUUAUUUUGAAAAUAAGUGAUUUCUCAAUGAAAAAUUAUCUACUGAAGUUGAAAAAUCAGUUUUUUUAUUAAUCGGUGUUUAUAUUAAACAAUCAUUUUUUAGAAUUAUAUUAAGCAUAGCACUUUAAUUUAUACCUUUCUAUAUUUAAUAUCACUCAUUUUGCCGAUGCUCUGAUUGUAUUUGACAUAUACGCUAGCGAAUAACUUUUAUUGAAUACAUACGUGAUUAUAUGCAAUGAACAAAAUUCUCGAAAUAAUUUUAAUUUAGAGAUAUAUGUUCAACAUAUAUGCCCAGAGUCCGUUGCAAGAUUAUGUAGGAAAAGAUUGUUAAAUAUAUAUUGAACGUUUAUACAUUUCAAUACAAAUAUAUGUGUUGAAUUCUAUAAUAGAUACCAUGUCACAGCAAAAGAUGUUAUCUAAACGUUGUUGCUUUUGUGGAUUAUCAGACGAAGAUGAAUUAAAAUUUGGAAAGAUAUAUGAACAUGAGGAUAUUAUCACCCAUUAUUAUUGCUUGCUCUUAUCAUCUAAUAUGGAGCAAAGAGGAGAUGAUAAUGAAGGUAUUCUGGGAUUUCUGAUAGCAGAUAUACAAAAGGAACUUCGUAGAGGGAAAAGAUUGACAUGCACAUACUGUAAGAAAAGUGGAGCCACGUUAGGAUGUUGUAAUGUGAAAUGUAAGCGUAUAUUUCAUUAUCCUUGUGGAUUAAAUGCUGGAACCUUGAAUCAAUUUUUUGGUGAAUUUAGGUCAUUUUGUAUAAAUCAUAGACCAAAACAAAAAAUAGAUUCUGAGAUGAAAAAAGAAUUAGCAAUAAGUAGAAAAGUAAUGUGUUACAUAUGUUAUGAUCAAGUAAAUCCUUAUAGUAUAACUGAUACAAUAUGGGCUCCGUGUUGUAAAAAAAAUGCUUGGUUUCAUAGAAAAUGUGUUCAGCAACUUGCUAUGAGUGCUGGGUAUUUUUUUAAAUGUCCUUUAUGCAAUGAUAAGAAAUCAUUUCAAAAAGCAAUGCUACAAUUUGGUAUUUUUAUUCCUAGUCAAGAUGCUUCUUGGGAACUUGUGCCAAAUGCAUUUGAAGAACUUUUAUAUAGGUAUGAUCAAUGCGAUGCUCCAAUAUGUCAUUGCCCUAAAGGUAGAAAGCAUACAAGUUUUAAUGCAAAAUGGGAAUUAAUACUUUGUCGAACUUGUGGUUCACAAGGAAUCCAUAUGGCCUGUGGACAACUUAAAUGGGCUAAUCCUAUUUGGGAAUGUACAGAAUGUAUUUCUAUAUUAGGUAAAUCCGAGAAAAAGAUUAGUUCAAAUAUAACAGAAAGUAUACUACAAAAUAAUUCUGACUUGGAAGAUAGCGACAGUGAUAUUUCUGUCGGUAAAGAUUCACCUGUACCGUUUAUUUCUACACCAAUUCCUGAUUCUACACCAUGUGUGUCUACUAUUAAACAACGUCCCGGUCCACGGACAUUUAAGUUAAGACAACUUAAAGCAAGUAAAGAACUUCAAAAUUUACAGUUAGGGAGCAGUAGUAAGCAAGAAAUUGAUAAAGAAGUUGAUCCAGUUUUGGAAUUAGAAAGUAUAAAUGAAUGUAGCUUACAGUCUACAAGUACCGAAGAAAGUUCUAUUAUUGAAACAAAAAGUUUAUCCGUUAGUGAAACUAAAAGUAGCAUAAAUUCUUCAAGUGAAUAUUUCAAGCCUCAAUCACCUGCAUUAGAUGAUACUGACAUUAUACUUGAUAGUGAUGAUGAUACUACACAGAUCACCAGUUGUGGUUCAUUAGAGAGUACAUGUAGAAUCGCUACUGUUAAUGAAACUGAAAAGAACGGUUUAUUACAGAUUAGAAAUAAUAUAACCGAAUAUGAAAGAAGCAAUGCAUUACAUAAUUCUACUUCACCUGUAAUAGAAAAAUUAUUACAAACAAAUAAUUUCAAACCAAAUAAUGCUAGUAGCUUUUUAACAAAUAAUGUAAAUGAUAAUUCAGUGAAACACAACUCACAAUAUGUGGUACAAUCUGAUGAUUUCGAAGAAACAAUAUUAAACAAAAAAUUUGAGAAGAGCUGCCCUGGUUAUUUUUCAAAUAUUAAAAUUACAAACGUAGUUUCUUUAGCACCAGAGGAGUUUGAAAUUGUAUCAUCUGGAAUAAACCAGCAGACGAUCAAUAAUAUUGAAUAUCAGAAUAAAUGUUUGAAUUUAAAAAGAAAAUUUGAUAAAACUACAUUGGAUCCGCUAAAUUUUUUAAUAGAUGAACCAAAAAAGAUAAAAACCAAUGGCAGUAUAUAUGAACAAAAACUAAAAUCAUCAUAUGUUUCUGUAAAUGUUAAAAAUGCUGGUAAUAAUGUAAAUAAUGUUUCAACUUCUACAUCUGAUAAAAAUUAUUCGCAAAUUAACAAUAAUAACGAGAAGUGCACCUCGACAAAUACGUCUAAUUUACAAAGUUUGAGAUCGUACACUCAAUUAGAACAAUGUUAUAGCAAAAAUGAGAAUCUGUUACCUAAAUACAGAGCCAAUAUCAAACAUUUAUUCGAGGCGAAUACUUUGAAGGGUACAUCAAAUGGUCAAAUCAGUACAUUAUCAGAAGAUGAAAACAAAAGUGUUCAAACUGAUGACAAUGUAAAAAAUUGUGACGGGGAUGCAGGCACAAGUUCUGCUGCUAAAUCAAGGAGUGGAAGUCUUACCAGUGACACAAAGAUUAACUACACAUCAGAAUUCAUCAAAUCAGGUGGUUUAUAUUCAGAAUCAGAAAGAUCAUGUACCUCAGAACAAUGGAAGUCAAGAAGCAAUAUUGAGAAGACAACAAUUUCAACUAAUAAGACAUCAAAUAUACAAAAAGACAAAAAUACUGGAUGUAAUUACUCUCGAUUGAUACCAGAAUAUUUACGUUUAUGUGAUCUUAAGUUCCGUGUAUAUAACUCAAAUAAUUUGCAGAUGAUUUUGUAUAAUAAGUUUUCUAUAAAUAUUAAUAUAGAAAAUACAGCUACAGUAGAAAAAAAUACUAGGUUUGAGCCAUCAGCAGGAACAGGUGUUCAACAGAAGUUUUCUGAAAUACAAAAUGAAAUUUCUCUAAACUCAAAAUCAGAAAAUAUUUUACACAAUAUUUCAUUUCUUUGUAAUAAAGAUAAAUCCAAAUGUAUGCUCUCUAAUGAGCAGUCCAAAACUUAUCAUGAUGACACGAAGGAAAAUAUGAAUCCAGUAAUAACAGUUCCUUCUAAAAAUAUAACAGAUAGUUUACUUAGCAAUGCAAAUUUAGCUACACAUAAUUUAACAGUUUCUAUAAAUAGUAGUAAUCAAAACGAUGACAGAAAUACAACGCAAUGUAUAUAUAAUGCUCCUAAAGUAAUUGAAGAAAAUAAUAAAGAAAGCAGUGAAGAAAACGAUAAUUUAAUUAACGACUUUGACAAUAUUUUUGAUGCUUUUACAAAUUCUAACAACAAAUACGUGAAAAGUAUUAACAAUGUAACACGAAGUAUUCAAAACUUAACUUCCAGUUGUGUAACUGAAAGGAACAAUUAUUUUUAUAAUUCCACGAAACUUGUUCGACAUGCUUUAUUUUCGGAAAAUCGUACAAAUUGUAAACCAGAGAAUAAAGCGAAAAGUAUAUCUGCAGCACAGUUUAAAGUAAGUAUCGAUCUAAAAAAGAUAGAAAAAUUGAUUGAUAAUAAUCCAAAUUUAUUUUCAAAAUAUAAAAAAGAAAAUGAACAAUGUUUUAAAGAACAAAAUAGUAUAACGAAACGAAUUAAUUUAUUAAACAUGUAAAUAAAAAACAUUUUACGGUAUUUUUUAUUGUAAGUAAAAUUGCAAAAUCAUGGG